AUGGUUAUAACUUCUCCGACAGGGGAACUUGCAUCAAGAGCAGUUAGGUGCAACUUUCGAGCCACUAACAAUGAAGCGGAGUAUGAGGCAUUGAUAGCAGGACUGACGCUGGCUCAUGAUCUUGGAGCUAGAAAUCUAGAAGUGUACAGCGACUCACAACUCAUAGUUAACCAGAUGCAAGGAGAUUACCAAGCACGAGAUUCGAAGAUGACGCGGUAUAUGAACGUAGCAAAGACGAUUGUGGAAAAAUUCGACGAUUGCAAACUCGCACAGAUUCCAAGAGAGGAAAAUUGUCAUGCGGAUGCUCUUGCCAAUCUUGGAUCAGCCCUUAAAACUGAAGUUUCGACUAGCAUUCCACUAUUAAUCUUGCAGUGGCCGGCCACAGACAAGGAUUUACCAAAUCUAGAAGUUGCAUCAGCGGAUGUCGCUCCGAAUUGGAUGACACCUAUCAUCAACUACCUAAGAGACGACCUACUACCAUCUAAUCGUAGGGAAUGCAGGAAAAUAAAACAACAGGCAGCACGCUUCUGCCUAUAUGAAGAUAAGUUGUACCGCAGGUCGUUCUCUAGUCCUUACUUAAGGUGCAUUACUCCAGAAGAAGCAAGGCAAGUUCUAAUGGAGUUGCAUCAUGGAGAAUGUGGAUCUCACUCAGGUGGACGAAGUCUAGUAUUAAGAGCGGUGAGAGCCGGAUACUAUUGGCCGACGAUGUCGAAUGACGCGACAAGAUUCGCUCGUCAAUGUGACAAGUGUCAGAGACAUGCUCAAGUGUCGAAACUACCUCCAGAGAAUUUGAAAAGCAUAAGUUCGUCAUGGCCAUUCAUGAAAUGGGGCAUGGACAUAGUGGGAAAACUACCAACAGCGCCAGCACAAAAGGUGUUUCUCUUGGUAAUGACUGAUUACUUUUCUAAGUGGGUGGAAGCAGAGGCAUUUAGUCAAGUCACAGAUAAAGAAGUCAGAGGUUUCAUAUGGAGGAACAUCAUAUGCAAAUUUGGAGUUCCUCAAGAGAUUGUCACUGACAAUGGCCCUCAAUUUACGAGCAACAACUUCAAAAACUACUGUAUCACGUGGGGAAUAAAGCUUAGCUUCGCGACACCCAGGCACCCACAAUCCAACGGACAAGCUGAAUCUUCAAACAAAACCAUUAUACAGAUGUUGAAGAAACGGCUUGAAAGCGCAAAAGGCAAGUGGGUAGAAGAGCUCCCUGGCGUGUUGUGGGCUUAUCGAACGACAUCCAAAAUAGCAACUGGGGAAACACCUUAUUCUCUAGUGUACGGGAUGGAAGCGGUAGUGCCAUCUGAAGUCACUGUGAAAACGAUACGAACAGAGCAUCUACAAUACCAAGAAAACGAGGAGCUGAUGAAGCUCGACCUCGACCUACUCGAUGAGAAAAGGGAAACUGCAAGGAUUCAAAACUGGUGCUACCAACAGGACAUCGCAAGACGAUACAACAAAAACGUGCGAACUAGGACUUUCCAAGUUGGCGAAUGGGUACUCAGGCGCGUCUUUCAAAACACGAUGGAACGUGGUGCUGGAAAACUGGGGCCGACUUGGGAAGGUCCCUACAAGAUAACAGAAGUGCGAGGAUCAGGUGCAUACAAGCUACAAGAUAAGGAUGGGAAGAAUCAACCUAACAGCUGGAAUGCUUUGCACCUCAAAACCUACCAAUUCUAG